AUGUCCAACCAAAGCACCGUGACCGAGUUCCUGCUCCGGGGGUUCUCCGACAUCCGGGAGUUGCAGAUUCUGCACUUUGCGCUGUUCUUAGUGCUUUUCCUGGCAGCCCUAGUGGGGAACCUUCUCAUCAUCGCAGCUGUAGCCCUUGACCACCAUCUCCACACCCCCAUGUACUUCUUUCUGGUGAACCUGUCCAUCCUAGACCUUGGCUCCAUCUCUGUCACUGUCCCCAAGUCCAUGGCCAACUCCCUCCUGGACACCAGGUGGAUUUCCUACCCUGCCUGUGUCGCCCAAGUGUUCCUAUUCAUGUUCCUUUGUUCAGCUGAUAUCGGCAUCCUGACGAUCAUGGCCUACGACCGGUACGUGGCCAUCUGCCACCCACUGCUCUACAAGCGAGUCAUGAACCGGAGAGCCUGUGUCCACAUGGCUGCCAGCGCCUGGGUCAGUAGUUUUCUCUACUCUGCCCUGCACACCGGGAGCACGUUUGCCGUCUCCUUCUGUGGAGGCCACGUGGUGGAUCACUUCUUCUGUGACAUCCCCCAGCUGCUCAAGCUGGCCUGCGCUGACUCCAACCGCAGUGAAACUGGGGUUAUUGGCUUUAGUGCCUGCUUAGUCGUCAGCUGCUUUGUGUUAAUACUCGCGUCAUAUGUCCUGAUCUUCAGAGCGGUGCUGAGAAUCCCCUCGCAGCAGGGCCCACACAAAGCCUUCUCCACCUGCCUCCCCCACCUCACUGCUAUUUCUUUGAUUUUUUUCACUGGUGUCUUUGCCUACCUGAAACCCACCUCCAGCUCCACAUCCCUCCUGGAUCUCGUGGUGGACGUUUUCUAUUCCGUGGUACCUCCCGUGCUGAACCCCAUCAUCUACAGCAUGAGGAACAAGGAGCUCAAAGCUGCCCUGCGGAAAUUGACUGGGCAGAGGUUAUUCAUGGCAAAUAAAAUGUCCCUCCUUUGA